CUUCUGACAGUAUUUAAGUAUGCUAUUUUAGAGCAUAUAUACCAGCAAAACUCAAGCACACAUCAGUAAAUUUUUUUUUUUUUUUUAAUAAUUUCUUUAGAUAUUUCAAAAAAUAAGCCAAAUGGGUGAAGAAAGCUUGAGGAAAAGAAAAGGACAGGACAGCAGAAAAGAGGAUGGACAAUCCAUUCAGAGUCAAGAACCCCAAACUAUGAACCUACAAAAGCAGGUGGGCCUGAUCAGUGGAAUCUGUAUGAUUGUUGGUACAAUUAUUGGCUCAGGUAUCUUUGUUUCUCCAAAAUCAGUACUUGCCAAUGCUGGAGCUGUGGGUCCUUGUUUAAUCAUCUGGACAGCCUGUGGAGUUCUUGCAACACUAGGGGCACUUUGUUUUGCUGAGCUUGGUACAAUGAUCACAAAAUCAGGAGGAGAAUAUCCUUACCUCAUGGAAGCAUUUGGCCCAAUUCCAGCAUUUUUGUUUUCUUGGACAAGCUUACUCGUCACAAAGCCCAGCUCUUUUGCAAUCAUUUGUCUCAGCUUUGCAGAAUAUGCAUCAGCUCCUUUUUAUCCAGGUUGUGAUCCACCCCCAGUUGUCAUCAAAUGUCUUGCAGCAGCUGCCAUUGUGGUAAUUACAAUAGUGAAUUCACUGAGCGUGAAGCUGGGAAGUUAUCUCCAGAAUCUUCUCACGGCUGCUAAAAUGAUCAUUGUCACAAUCAUUAUUGUAAGUGGAAUUGUUCUCCUUGCGCAAGGAAAAACUGAAAACUUUAAAGAUUCUUUCAAGGACAGUAAAAUUUCUGUUAGCUCUAUUGGUCUGGCAUUCUAUAAUGGACUCUGGGCGUACGAUGGAUGGAAUCAACUCAAUUACAUCACAGAAGAACUUAAAAAUCCUUACAGAAAUCUACCACUAUCUAUAAUUAUUGGAAUCCCCUUGGUUACAAUUUGUUACGUUCAUAACAUUGCAUAUUUCACCGUAAUGACUUCAACAGAACUCCUACAGUCCCAGGCAGUUGCUGUGACAUUUGGAGACAGAAUUCUUUAUCCAGCCUCUUGGAUAGUACCUCUCUUUGUGGCCUUUUCUACAAUUGGAUCUGCCAAUGGGACAUGUUUUACUGCAGGCAGACUUGUUUAUGUAGCAGGUCGUGAAGGGCACAUGCUAAAGGUGCUGUCUUACAUUAGUGUUAAGCGUUUAACACCAGCACCCGCUAUCAUAUUUUAUGGUGCCAUUGCUAUUAUUUAUAUCAUCCCUGGUGACAUUGACACACUUAUAAACUAUUUCAGUUUUGCAGUCUGGAUAUUUUAUGGUUUGACUGUGUUUGCACUCAUUGUUAUGAGGUUUACAAGAAAGGAAGUCAACAGACCAAUUCGGGUAAAUACCAUUGUCAUUCCAGUCAUAGUGACAUUAAUCUCCAUUUUACUGGUACUGAUACCAAUCAUCAGUGCACCUGAACUGGCAUAUUUGUACUGUGUUUUAUUUAUACUUAGUGGACUCAUAUUUUAUGUACUUUUUGUUCAUUUUAAAUUCAGCUGGCCCCAGAAAAUAUCAGAGCCCAUCACUAUGCACCUUCAGAUGCUUUUGGAAGUUGUUCCAGCAGAGGAAACUACUGAAUAAAAUAUUUUAUAUGUACUAGAGUGUUUUUACUUGCUAUAUCGUUUGAAGGAAAUUCCAUUUAGUUGGUGCACAUUUAUACUUUCUGAAUUGCUAUGUUCAUGCUGGCAUGUGUUAUUUUUGCAAUACUACUUAGUAAUUGACGUUUGUUAAAUAUGAGAAUAAAAGAUUUCUGAGCCAGA